AUGUCCAUAUCAAAAAUUCGAGUACGUUCAGCAUUGACCAGACACAACACCCAUCAUGAGUCUUCAACUAGCAACACAACGAAGACGACGGCGACGACGGUGGCGGCUACCAUAUCUGCUGCUGCUGCCUCGAAAUCAUUUAAGCUCACACGUCACAAUGUUUCACCCACAAAUACUGCAGAGCUUCCAAAAUCCCAUAAACUUGAAAAGGACCAAAAAUCGCCAAAGGUUUUACAAAAGCAAAAAUCUAAAAUCUCUCCACUCUCAAACACAACAACAAAUGCUCCAAUUACAACAUCAUUACAAAAACAAACAAGUACAGCGUUGGCGGCAGGCACUGUCAGUGCUACCAUAGUAGCCGGUUCAUCUACAACGACUUCGGCAGGCAUAAACAACCAUGCGGUAUAUGGCCAAAGCACCACCACCGCCGCCACAAACAUUGCCAUGGAGGCCUAUAACCCUUCGGGUCUUACCACCCCCAGCCCCAGCCCCACCCCUACUACCAUCAUACCUCAAUCCACUUCGAAUUUGCUGAAAAUAGAACCCUUUGUUCCUAGCCUUGGCACCCGCCUGCAGAAGCCCAUACGAAGAUCCUAUAGUACACUGUCAACGACAUCCCUAACGAAGAAACGCUUGCAUGGUGUUAAUAACAAUUUAGCGGUUAAUUUAGGCUACAUAGCUAAUAAUCACCAUAGUAAAACGCCAGCAGCUGCAAAUGCGGCUUCUAUUGUUCAAGGAACAACCAUAGACACAGCGGCCAACCACACAAAUACUUCCAGUCUGCCUAAGGUGACCAAACAUGCAGCAACAGCAGCUGCAACAGGGUCGGCAGCGGCACAUCACAAUUACCCACAACAACAGCAUUUAAGAUCCAGACGACAACCUUUAAGAGGCCCCAUAACACGCCAACGUUCCAAAUCCACUUCCUCUUCAAAUUCGGCCUCCAACCGUCCCAUCACCUCUUUGGCCACAGCGGUGGCCACCACACCCACUUUGGCCACACCCUGUACGCCGCCACAAAAUGCUGUGGUCAUACCCCAACCCAAUGGCAUUUGCCGCAUACAACGCAAUGUCAAGGAACAAGAGAAACUGCCAGAUCGCAUAAACUACGAUAAAAGGGGUUUAACGGCCAUACCCAUAUUCGAGAAUGAAGCCAAUCUUCGUUUGCUCUCGCUGCAGCAUAAUCUCAUCAACACCUUUCACAUACCCAAAGAGGUGAGAAGCCCGACCGAACGCUUGGAAGGCCUACAGCUGCACACCAACUCCCUAGCCCUGGCGAAGACGACCACCGAAAGUGGUGUGAAUCUCUCUCCUAAUACGCCAAUGCCUGCCAGAAGCCGAUUUCCUCUACCACAUAACUCGCCUAAUCAUGAAGCAACCACAACCACACCCGUCGCACCUCCGAUGGGUCUUGCCACUAUGGCCAACAAUGCCCACUUGAAUAGUGGUGGAGGCUUUGGGGCCUAUAUGUUGCGCCGCAAUAAACUUUUGCAUCGUUCCAUAAAUCUCAACAAUGUGAAUUUACAGCAAAAUGCCCCUGCGACUCACUCCAACGCAGCCACCAAUGGAGCCACGAAUCCUUUGCGCUUUGCCAUGCGCCGAUCCAAGAGUUUUGUCAACAACUUCAACUUGCAAUACCAAAUCAAUAAGCGCGGCCUACAAAAUCCCCGUGCCUCCUUUCUCAAGAAGGCUGAAAUGGCGGCGCAAUUGAAAAGUUUCGACUCCUCUACCAGCACUCUGACCUCUGAGUCUACGGUCUCCACCACCUACCUCAAUGGCGACAUAGAAGAAGAAGAUGAGCAUCAGGUUGCCGAAUUAGAAAUCAAGAACAAGCAAUUGCUCAUCAACUAUGGCAACAUUUUCAGUAAUCUGGUUUUCCUGGAUCUGUACAACAAUCAAAUAGAGCGCAUAGCCAGUUUGGAUGGCCUGACCUCGCUGACCGUUUUGCUGUUGGGCAAAAAUCGCAUAACCGAUAUCUCCGGCUUGGCCUCCUUGAAAUCGACGCUUAAGGUACUCGAUCUGCAUGGCAAUAAACUCUGCUCCAUAGCCAACAAAAUCAAUUGCCUAAGGGAGCUGAAGUCACUCAACUUGGCCGGCAAUCAAAUCCGCCAGAUCAAUCACAACGACUUUAUGGGCCUUAGCAAUCUCAAAGAGCUGAAUUUGAAACGCAAUAAGCUGAAGCGCAUCAAUGGCUUUCAACACUUGGCUGCACUGGAGCGCCUUUGGUUGUGCCACAAUGACCUGCAUAAGGUGGACGAUAUGGCUUCAAUUUCCCAGGCCUACAAUGUCAUAGAGAUAACCAUUGAAAAUAAUCCUGUGUCUCUGGCGGGUGAUUGUGUUUCCUUUCUGGUCAGCCAUCUGCCUAAGUUGCAAACUCUCAGUCAAAUGCCCAUCACCGACCAGGUACGCAAAGCAGCCAUGACUUGGCGUAACAAUAAGGAAUUAUCCGAGCAAAGUAGUCAGCAGGGCAACAAGGAGGCCUUCAAUCUCAUACGGCGCGAGGAGAUCAUUUCGAAUGCCCGCACUAACUGGGAAUUGCUAAGGUCCCAGCAAAUGCUGCAGCAGCAGGCGGGCAAUGGGGCGGCCAGCAAUAGCCAAAAACCAAUGAAAGCUGCGGCCAAGCGCAACUAUGAGCUGGAGAAAAUCACCGAGGCCAAUGAGCAAAGUUAUGAGGAGUUCAUAAAACUUCCACCCAUUGAGGCUGCGCCAGAGCUAAGCGAUAAGGAUAAGGAGGAAAGAACAUCGUCGGCCUCUAGUUUGGGUCCCAAUGUUAACUCCUCCUCAAGUUGUUAUACCUCAGCCGAUGAGGAGGAGGCGCUCAUGUCCAAUAAUAGGGAUGCCAGCACAGCCCCUGACAUAAACUCCAAAGGAAGAAAUGAUGAGCUAUGUGAGCCCAAGCAGGAGACAAACGAAUGCUGCUCCUUAGAGGGCCAGACCAUAACGAAAAAUGAACAAAGCUCACCCACACCAUCCGUCAAGACCUGUUGUACUCCCACAUUAACUAUACAAUUUCCCCUGGACUCUGAUGAAGCCAAGAUGUCAUCGCAGCAUCAAAAUCCAAAUCACACACCCUUAAUGAGUUGUCCAUUGACAAUGACAACGUCGACUAUGCCACAAUCGUCCACAUUAAACUGUUCCACCCCCACAGCGACCAGACCCUCAACUCCAGUCUCACCCACACCCUCAUGCAGUUCAAUGUCUUCGCUGUUGGCGCAGCAAACGGGUCUAGGAGACCUCACCACCUACCAGCAACGCAAACGCUAUAUGACGGGCUCUUUAAUGAGAUCUCAGACAAUUGUGGGCACAGGUGCUGCCAAUGGAGCAGGAUAUGCGAUAAAAGCAAAUGGCAACACGGCAAACCAAAUCAACAUUCUACGCUAUCAUCCUGCGGCAAAAGUGAAUGCAGCUAAUACAGCGACCACACUCACAACAUCAGCUGGCAUUGCAUUGACCACAUAUCAGCAACUACAGCAAACAGCCUUUGGAGGACUAGUAGCUACAUCACCUCACCACAUAAUGCCAUCGUCUCUGAAUGGCACUUUGGGCAGUAGUGGCGCCAGCCACACGACAACAUCAUUGAAUGCCGUCAAUAAGACUUUGUCAAAUACUACGAAUGCCAGCAGCCAACAAGCAGGCAGCAGCACAACGGCAGCAGGAGGCGGCGGAGGAGCCACUUCCACAAAACUCACUGCCAUCGAGCGAGAACGUGAGCAAGGCGGUGACUAUUUGAUCGAGAUUUGUGGUCGCUAUCUAAACAUCUAUGGGCAAGGAGCCCUGCGUUUUAUUGACAAACAAUGGAAUCCCACAAAAGCCAAUGAUGUCCAUACCCUGAAUUUCAGUUACAUCAAUUUUAAUAACAUCACCGCCAUAUUGUCACGCAUCAAGGUACGUUUUCCGCAUGCCGAGAAUUUUGUUUUCCGCGAGACCAACAUCAAUUGUCUGGGCCAAAUCAAUGCUUUGGCCGAAUUGCAAGGCAUCACAUCCGUAUUCAUUGAUCCCGAAGGUAACCCACUCACCCAAAAAGACUUGUGGCGCCAAUAUGCCAUCUAUCGUCUGUCGCAUUGGGGCCUCAAAACGCUCAACGGUCAGGAGGUGUUGGCGGAGGAUGUAGACAAGGCCAAUGGUAUUUAUGCUGGUCUAUCCGAUUUAAUACUCUGGUCCAUGCCAGAUGCUAUGCUACAACCCCUGCUGACACGUCUACGUUUGGAUGAAUCCUGCACGGCGAGUAAAAUGUUGCCCAAACAAUGGCUACAGAAACCGGACAAUCGUUCGUUGCGUUUGGUUGUGGGCAAGGAGGCAUUACAGUGGAAAAAGCCAGCAACAAAUGCUACUGCCGUCUCAUUAUCUGUAGCAGGUGGUGCUGCUGGUUCAGGUGCAAGUGCAGGUGCUGUUGCUACCGGCUCGACAUCCAGCUCCAACACCAACGCCCCCAACUCCGCAGCCAUUCCCACUUGCUCCAUGUCAUCGGCUCUGACACAACGUGAACGUGGCAAAAUACAUUUCACCAUAAUGAUGGAAAAUACAUGCCAUGCAGUGGAAAAACUACACAAAUUGGAACAGUUAUGGCCCAUGAUGCUACUGAAUAUAGUGCGCAACACAUUAUUAGACUAUUCACAAUUGGAUGUGUACAUUCGAGAUUUAAUGACCGAAAUAAUGAAGUGA